AUGGCUUCUAUCCAUCCUCCAUUGUUCAAUGCCCUCGAGGCGUAUACUAUCUCGCUACGUCUAAUCUCACUCAACGUCCGUUAUGCCACCAAACAUCCCCAUCCCGGCGAGGAACCAUGGGCAGUACGCUGCCCACGUCUCUGUGGACAGCUGAAGUUCCUGACGACCGGCCAAGAUUCGCCCUUUAUCUGUUUGCAGGAAGUCUUGGACUCCCAGCUAACAGACAUACUCGAGCGCCUGAACAACAUGGGGGGUAACAAAGGGUCAUGGACUUACAUCGGGUGUGGCCGAGACGACGGCGACAAGGCCGGCGAAUACUCUCCCGUGCUAUACCGGGCCGACCGCUGGGAGUGUGUCCGCAGUAGGAUAUACUGGCUGUCUCAAACGCCGGAUAAGCCAUCCAAAGGGUGGGAUGCAGCAUGCUUCCGCGUUGUGACCGUGGGGUUGUUCCGUCACAGGGCAACAGGAGGCAGAGUUGUGGUGAUGAACACUCAUCUCGAUCACCGAGGAGAGCUUGCCCGAGAGGAGAGUGCCAGGCUGAUUAUUGACUUGGCUAGGGCCUGGUCGACGACAACGAGAGAUGAUGGGACAGCAAAGAUCAAUGUUCCCGUCUUCUUGGGAGGAGAUUUCAACAGCACCCAAACCGAUAAGGCCUAUAAACUGUUGACUGAUCCAAGCUUAGGGAUGAAGGAUAUCUCCGAGCUUGUGUCUGAGGAUGAGGUUUGACCACAGACCCGUGGUGGCAGAUUUGGCACUUCCUUUCGAGACAACCAGAUGGCAGAAUAG